AUGUCCCGGUACGCAGAAGCUCAUUCAAAUCCUGCUGGCCCUGGCGAUGGCCGUCCAACCGCUCUUCAGAUCAUCAAGGAUGAAGGAGUAGAGGGCAAGCUAUCUGGAAAGGUGGUUGUCAUUACAGGCACUUCAUCGGGAAUAGGAAUCGAGACAGCUCGCGCUCUGUCUUUGACUGGAGCAAAGCUGUUGUUGACGGCACGAGACCUGAAAAAGGCCACGUCUGCUCUGGAGGGAAUACUCGAACCAGAGCGCGUCGAGCUCGUUGAAAUGGACAACACUUCGCUCAGCAGCGUGCGUGCUGCCGCGAAAGCCAUCCUCCAGAAGUCGAACGGUCAAGUCAACAUCCUAGUCAACAACGCCGGCAUCAUGGCCCUUCCCACGUUGCAGUACACGAAGGACGGCUUUGAAAUGCAAUUCGGAGUCAAUCACCUCGCCCAUUUCUUACUCUUUGAACUCCUCAAGCCAGCUCUCCUCUCCAGCGCCAGCGCUGAGUUCUCGUCUCGCGUCGUCCACCUCUCUUCUUCUGCCCAUCAUGUGGCCUCGAUCAAUGAAUCCGGUGACUACAAUUUUGAAAAAUCCGAAUACAACGACUGGGUUUCAUACGGACAAUCAAAGACCGCCAAUAUCUACACGGCAAACGAGAUCGAGCGGCGCUACGGGUCACGAGGACUCCACGCUUCUAGCGUUCAUCCUGGCAUGAUUGCAACGGCGCUGAUGCAACACAUGGACCCCGCAAUGGUGGAGGGCUUCAAGAACAACGAAGAGUUGUAUAAAGUGAUGAAGUCGCCAGAGCAGGGGGCUGCGACGACCGUGUGGGCAGCGAUCGGACAAGAAUGGGAGAAGAAGGGAGGAGAAUAUCUUGCCGAGUGCGGAAAAACCACACGGGGCAACGACAAUCAUGAGAUUGGCGGGGUUGGGUUUGCAGGCCAUGCGUAUGACGCCGAGAAGGCGGCGCGGCUCUGGGAAGAUUCCCUGAAGAUGGUGGGGCUGGCGGAUGAUGUGUAG